AUGUCAAUCGACAAUAUUCGAAAUCCAAUACGAUGCUUCUGUUCAUUUGUAGCUAAACAUACAGAUGAUAAUAUAUUUGUUUGUGGUCGUUACAAAUCUGAUAGUAUGGUUUGUUUAUUUCAUUUACAUGAUGAAAAUGUUGAAAAUUAUUAUCAAUCAAAUUUAUUUUCAUUAUCAUUCGAUUGUGAAAUGUGUUUAGCAACAAUAAAAAUUCAUUCAAAAGAAUAUAUUGCUCCAUGUCGUUUACCAUCAGUUCGAUGUGAUUGUGGUGAUAUAGCAACUUUUUAUCAAUCAAAAAAAGAUAAUUCAAAUAAUAAUACAUAUUUUUUUGGAUGUCCAAAUUGGAAAAAAGAUAGAAAAUGUGAAUUCUUUUCUUGGGCUCAUAAAUAUCGAACAAUACGAAAUGAACAAAUUUUACGUCGUUUAACUUUUUUAUCAACAUUUGAAAAUCCAAUUAAUUCAGAACAAUUAUAUAAAGGCAUUUUAAAUCAAGAUGAUGAUGAUAUAAAUAAAAAAAAUCAUGAAGAAUUACGAAAAAAAUUAGAAUGUGUUAUCUGUUUAUCAGCUGAAAAAUCCUAUUUAAUACUUCCAUGUAAUCAUUUUUGUUGUUGUUCAACAUGUAUUAAGAAAAUUCAAAAUCAAUGUCCUAUUUGUCGUGGUCAUAUUGUAUCUAUUCAACGUAUUUUUUUCGUUUAA